CACGUCUUGGGGAGUGGAACAGUGAAACUAGUGUUGAGGAAUCCUGUGUUGCUUUCUCACUACAACCGUACCUAGUUGUGACUUUAAUUAGAUAUACAGUUGACUAUUGACCUUAAAAGGGACUGUGGUCUACAAGGUCUAGCUCAUUCAAAACAUAACUAAAAUGUCGUCAGAACCUGCUAUAUCAGUGAAAGAGGAGACAAAAGAAGAGGAUUUCGAUGAUUUCUUGUACUCAUAUGCCCUUGCCAAUCAAAUUGUGGAUGUGAAGCCUGAAUUGCCACAACACAUCAAAACUGAAAAGGACGAAUUGCCUACCAGUUCUGGUGAAGAUUUUGUAAGCACCAAUGAUAUCAAGGAAGAAGGGAAGGAAGACAACGAUGUUGGACAGCACAGUAAUGGUGGAUCUAAUGCAAAAUGUGAUGUUGACAGGAUCCAGGUGAUCAACUCAGGGGAAAAACCUUUUCAAUGCUCGGAUUGUGGAAAGAGUUUUAGUCGAAUGGGCAGACUCAAGGAACACCAGAUAGUACAUUCAGGGGAAAAGCCUUUUCAAUGCUCUGAUUGUGGAAAGAGUUUUAGUCAAACUUACUACCUCAAGAAACACCAGAUUAUACAUUCAGGUGAAAAACCAUUUCAGUGUUCUGAUUGUGGAAAAAGUUUUCGUCGAAUGGGCAACCUCAAAUCACACCAGGUGAUUCAUUCAGGGGAAAAGCCAUUUCAAUGUUCUGAUUGUGGAAAAAGUUUUAGUAUAAAUAGCAACCUCAGGAAACAUGAGAUGAUUCACUCGGGUAAAAAACCACAUCAGUGCUCUGAGUGUGGAAAGAGAUUUAUUCAAAUGAGGAGCCUCACAGCACACCAGAUGAUACACUCAGGAGAAAAACCAUUUCAGUGCUCUAAUUGUGGAAUUUUUUUUAGUCAGACUAGUGACCUUAAGAGACACCAGAGGAUCCACACAGGAGAAAAACCAUUUCAGUGUUCUGAUUGUGGGAAAAGUUUUAGUCGUAAGAGCAACCUCAAGACACACGCCAUGGUUCACUCAGGCAAAAAACGAUUUCAGUGUUCUGAGUGUGGAAAGAGCUUUACUCAAAUGAGGAACCUCAAGGCACACCAGACAAUACACUCAGGGGAAAAACAUUUCAGUGCUGUGAUUGUGGAAAGAGUUUUAGUCUAAAUAGCAACCUCAAGAAACACCAAAUGGUCCGCUCAGGUGAAAAACCAUAUCAAUGCUGUGACUGUGCAAAAAGGUUUAUAUUCAAAUGAGGAACCUCAAGGGACACCAGAAGAUUCAUAUAGGGUCAAACGCAUGUUCAUAAGAUAAGAAAGGGACACAAAACUUUUCAGUGCUGUGACUGUGGAAACUUUUUUUGUCAAUCUGGUGACCUCAAGAAAGACAGGAUGGUUCAUUCAGGGGGAAAAAAACAUUUCAGUGUUCUGAUUGUGGGAAGAGAUUUAGCAAAACAGUCUAUCUCGGGAAACACCAGAUCAGGUGUCACCAACAUGAUACCCAUAGCCAUGUAGCCCUUCAGGAGCUUCUGAGGUGGCCACCAAGGAUGUUGGGAUAAACACUGAUGACUACCAAGUGUAGUCACAAUAAAUGCUUUUUUGAAUUUAAAUAUGAUAUUAUUAAUUACUUGUAACCUACCAAAGAAUAAUUCAAAAAUAGUGUGAUUUGAGAAUGAUGCCAAGACAUGAGUAGAGGAUUUUGAACAAAAGUAGCCCUUGGGAAGCCCUCAGUAGCCCUGGGGUAGCCCUUGGUAGCCCUCAGACCCAGAAAGGUUGGGUAACACUGCAUCAGAUCAUCCAUUAAGGAGAAAAACCAUAUUAGUUUUCUAAUUGUGGAAAUGGACAACUUCAAGGCACACUAAAUGGUGACAAAACUCUUCAGUGCUUUCACUGUGGAAAGAGAUUGAUCAGAAUGAAAUAUCCCAAGAAACACCAAGCCAUUAAUUCGCAUGAACCAGAAUUUGAGUGCUCUGACUGAGGAAAGAGUUUCAUUCAAAUGCAUGAUCUCAAGGAACACUUGGUGGUCCAUUCUGUGGGAAAGCCAUAUCAGUGCUCUGACUGUUGAAAACUUUUAGUCAACUGGGCCCUCUUAUACCACACCAGAGGAUUCAUUCAGGUGUAAAGCCACUUUAUUGUUUUGAGUGUGGAAAAGCUUUCACCACAAGUUCAGCCUAAAAACUCACACAGGAUGUAUUCAAGAGAAAAGCCCAUUUGAGUGCUCUCAAUGUGGAAGUUUUAAUCACACAUACAGGGCCAAAGGCAUGUUGUUGUGUUUAGUAAAAAUGAUAAUGAAUGAAAUGGUUAACUGCAGAUGUUGUGAAAAUCAUUGUUUAAUACUAAGAGAAUGCUAUUCCAGUGUUUUGUAAAUGUAGUCCUAUUGUAAAAUACAGUGCUGUGCGGACAAAUUUGCCUCCUGACUGUUGU